UUACCAGAGAAAAGAGCUCAUCUUACUGAAAUCAAGGAAAACGGUCAUUAUGAACAUCAAAAACAAAGUGCUGAAGACAUCAGAACUCCAGAGUCUGUGUGUGGAAGAACUAAAACACAUACAAAAAAGGCACAAGACUGGAAGGACCUGGCACAAAAGCUGCUGUUCAGUGAAACCAAAAGCAGCAGCAGCAGAACUAAUCUCCAGUCAGAAUGUGACCAGGAGACUGAAAACUGUUCACUUUACAAAGGAGUCAGAUCCAAAAACAGGCCAAAGGUCAAGUUUAAAGAAAAUAACACAGUGACCAGUCCUGAAGGAUCUGUGAAAAAUACAAAGGAUUAUAUACUGUUCAGUCCAACACGCAUGGCAGCUGCCAAGAAAAGUUCUUAUGUGCAGCAGCAGAAACAGUCAAACGGCAAUCUGUCCAUCUCUGUGUUGACUCCUCCAACUGGUCUGGAUCUCAGUUCACUCUGCAGCUCACAGCAGGAUACAGUGCACAGCAUCCACAUGGCAGUUCCUGCAGAGCAGACAGAUAAGCUACUGCUCUCUAGCUGGGGUUUGCCCAAACCUGUGCUAGAGAAGUACCAGAGUUUGGGGGUGAAGCAGAUGUUUGAGUGGCAGGCUGAGUGUCUCACCUUGGGGAAGGUGUUGGAGGGAAAGAAUCUGGUGUACUCAGCCCCAACCAGUGCUGGGAAAACACUGGUUUCAGAGUUAUUAAUAUUGAAAAGAGUGCUGGAAACCAGACGUAAGGCCAUAUUCAUUCUCCCGUUUGUGUCUGUGGCGAGAGAGAAGAUGUUUUAUCUGCAGAAUGUUUUCCAAGAGGCCGGGGUCCGAGUUGAAGGAUAUAUGGGAAGCACAUCAGCAGCUGGUGGCUUCUCCUCACUGGAUGUAGCUGUGUGUACAAUCGAGAAAGCCAAUGGACUCAUCAACAGGCUUAUUGAGGAGGACAAAAUGGAUUUGCUAGGGAUUGUUGUGGUGGACGAGCUUCACAUGCUGGGCGAUUCAGGUCGUGGAUAUUUGUUGGAGCUCCUGCUGACUAAAAUCCAGUACAUUGCAAAGAAAGCAGCAGAAAAGUGCUCUGAUAACAGCUCCAACACUGGUGUACAGAUUGUAGGGAUGAGCGCUACAUUGCCAAACCUGGAGCUCCUUGCCCGCUGGCUAAACGCUGAGCUCUACCAUACAGAUUACCGACCUGUGCCCCUGAUGGAGUGGGUCAAGAUCGGUUCUAAAAUAUACGAUGGGGCCAUGAAUCUGGUCAGGCCAUUCACACCCGCUCUUCCAGUUAAGGGGGAUGAUGACCACAUAGUGAGCCUCUGCUUUGAAACUGUGCAGGAUGGUCACUCUGCUCUGCUUUUCUGCCCCUCCAAGAACUGGUGUGAGAAGCUUGCGGACAGUAUCGCCAGGGAGUUUUACAACCUGUAUCAUCAAGAGAAACAGUCAGGAUCUGCAGUGCAGUCUGUAUCUCUGAAUCCAGAGGGUCUGCAGGAUGUGGUGGCUCAGCUCAAGCGUGCUCCUGCAGGACUGGAUGAGAUUCUCAAGCGCACUGUUCCGUGGGGAGUAGGCUUCCACCAUGCAGGUUUGACGUUUGAUGAGCGCGACAUCCUGGAAGGUGCGUUUCGUCAGGGCUUUAUCAGAGUCCUGGCGGCCACCUCCACUUUGUCUUCGGGUGUAAAUCUACCUGCCCGGCGUGUGAUCAUCAGGACUCCGGUGUUCAACGGUCGCCUGCUGGACAUACUGACCUACAAGCAGAUGGUGGGACGAGCAGGACGUAAAGGAGUGGACACCAUUGGUGAGAGUGUGCUGGUGUGUAAGGAGGCUGAACGUAUGAAAGGUGUGAGUCUCAUCCAGGGAUCGUUAAAGCCAAUCAGCAGCUGCCUGGUGAAGCGAGAGGGAGAAGGUGUCACUACUAGCAUGCUCCGUGCCAUCCUGGAGAUCAUAGUGGGUGGUGUUGCCAGCACGCCAGAGGAGGUGAGGAUCUACGCGUCCUGCACUUUGCUGGCGGCUAGCAUGGCAUCCGAACAACCCGAUGAGCCAGGAGCAGCUCGUAGUCGUGGUGCCAUCGAGGCCUGCAUGGAUUGGCUGAUGGACAACGAGUUCAUUCAAAUCCAAAAGGAAGGAGACGUGGAGAGAUACUGCCCCACUCAUCUGGGUUCUGCCACGCUGUCGUCGUCUCUGUCUCCACCGGAGGCGCUGGGAAUUUUUGCUGAUCUACAACGAGCAAUGAAAGGAUUUGUGCUGGAAAAUGAUCUGCACAUGCUUUACCAGAUAACACCAGUAUACGUUGACUGGACAACAAUAGACUGGUACCAGUUUUUCUGCCUGUGGGAACAACUGCCGUCCGCAAUGAAACGGGUUGCAGAGAUGGUGGGCAUCCAGGAGGGAUUUCUCGCACGCUCUGUCAGCGGAAAGUUAAUCGCCAAGACUGAAAAGCAACACAGGCAGAUGGCGAUACACAAACGUUUUUUCACAACCCUAGUAUUGUUUGAUCUGGUCAAUGAGGAACCGCUUGGAGUCGUAGCAAAGAAGUACGGGUGCAGUCGAGGGCAGCUGCAGUCACUUCAGCAGUCCGCUUCUACCUACGCAGGUAUGGUUACGGUCUUCUGUAAUCGGCUCGGCUGGCACAACCUGGAGCUGCUCUUGUCGCAGUUUCAAAGUCGGCUCAGUUUUGGCGUGCAGAGAGAGCUGUGUGAUCUGGUGAGGAUUUCUUUGCUGAACGCUCAGCGAGCACGAGCGCUCUACAAAGCUGGUCUCGUCACCGUGGCAGAGGUGGCCAGGGCGAGCGUUAGCGAUGUGGAGAAGGCCCUGCGAAAGGCUAUUCCUUUUAAAAGUUCUAAACAGGCGGUGGAUGAGACUGAGGAGGAGGCUCGGGAGCGCAGGAACAUGCGCUGUAUCUGGGUCAGCGGCAAGAAGGCGCUGACUGAAAGCGAGGCAGCGCAGCAGAUCGUGUCCGAGGCCAGGAUGCUUCUUCAGCAGGACCUGGCACUUCUUGGCAUAGCGUGGAACCCCGACUCCCUCUCGCAAGAGAUUAGAAGCGGUUCUGACGAACCAGAGAAGGAAGAAAAGGACUCCGAGUUACAACCUCCAGCGGGUCGACAGUCUGAUAGUUUACCUAAGAAAGAUGCGACUGAGAGAUCGGCAGAGGCUGUAAAAGACGUCACCACAUCAGAUUCUGGUCCAAAUUCGGGAAAGCAAACCGAUCUAGUUAAGGAAGCUGCUACGAGUCUGGCGUCAACCAGCAAUACAGAAACAGAGCAAUCCAACGCAUUACGGAAGGUCCUGAAAUCUAUAAGUGCCAAAGACGACACAACAAAGGUUUCAUUAGCAUUUCCAGUAAAUGCUUUUCAGAAAAAGAACAGAGAAGAUUCUGAUCUAGAGUGUGAAUCUGUCUUACUCAGGAACGGUCAUUCUGUAAGUCCCCUAAAUAAGCGUAGGAGGAUGGAAUUAAAUGUGAUCUCUGUUGAUUCUGGAAUCAAAGUCAGUGAAGCAAAAGAAUCAAACCUCUCAAUAGCUGGUAAUGAAAAAUUAAGCAGUGAGAAAACACCAGACGUGUCCAAACUUCAGUGCUCAUCGUCUUUAAUACACCUCAAUACACAAACAUCCUGUUCAUCAUCUGUUCUGUGUAAUCUCGGAGAGAAACCAGUCGUGACUGGUAAUCUUUGUUCAUCUGGUUAUGGGAAAAAGUGCAAAACAAAGUUAAAACAUCUAGAUCAGAGUGUAGACCUCACACGGGUGGAAACUGAAACUAAAAAGGGGAAUUUCAAACACGCAGACAGUCACAACAAUGCGACGAGUGGAAGUGAAGUAAGAUCAUAUGAAUGUCAGAAGAUUUCGGUGAGCUCAAAAGUAAAAUCCAGAGUUGCGCCUGAUGUCAUGUCAAAACCAGGGGAAAAGUGUAACUCUCCAGAUUUGUACUCCGGAGAUUUAGAAGAAUUUGGUGACAGUUUUCAGCUUGAUACUCAGACUGAAAAAAUGCUUAUGCAAGAUGACAAGUUACAUCAUAGCAAUGUCAAGAUAAUCAGUCAUGAAUUUAAGAUUCUCAGUAAUAAUAAAAACAAAGAAGAAAUCUCUCAAGAUAGAAUCAUAGUCUCAGAGAAGUCUGAAAACGCAGAAAAGGAAACGUCAGCCAUUCUCAGCAAUGCUCUUAUCAGCCCAAGUGAAGCUAAAUCAAAGUACAAUAUUUCUCUAACAGAUAGUCAGAUGGAGAACAUUCUCAACUUCACCAAUCAAGUGCCUGAGAAAGAAUCUGAUAACAUGCUAAUCCAGGUCCAAACAGAUAAACCUGACAAACCUGAAAAUGUUGUGGAUGAUCAAACCAGCCCCAACCGGAGCAGCAGUUUUCUGUUCGAUAGUCUUUAUGACAGCUCCAUCUUGGAGGCCUUAGACGUCGAGGCUGGAAUGGUCGAACAACCUGAAGAGAAACCUGUGGAAACGUACAGCAGUUCUCACCGACAACAAUCUGCUGAGUUAAUACGCGAUAACAGAGAUGAGGUCCUAGCAGAGGAUCAGGAGGCAUUACAGUGGGGCGAGUCUUCCUUCAACCUUUCUGAGUGGGGAGAUUCCUUACUCGUUGGAGAGCACUAUCUGGAGAAACGAAACAACAGUUUUAAAGUCUGCGCCGAACCAAAAACAAGCUCGGGCGAAGCCGAUGAGCCUCGUUAUACAGACGACGUCGUGGCCGAGUUACAAGUAUCACAAAGCAAUCCACCAAGUUCAGAAGCUUUUCCUGAUUCGUCUUUUAAUAUCAGCCCGGGGAUGCAGGACAUCUUUGAUAAGUGGUCUGGUCAGUUUUCAACCCUUCAUGAACCUCCAGUGAACACGCCUGUGGUAGAAAAGAUGGAUGCAACUGAAGUAAAGCAAGUUCCAAUAACUAACAACCAGUUUAACAAUGAGAAUUCUGAGGUGAUCCCGAAAGCCAAGCCAAACUCGGUGAACCAUGACCUUAUUCCUCCCACUCCUGUAUCAGAGCCCGUCACUCCCAGAGUCAAAAUGACAACUUCAGCAAUACAGUCGCCUAUAAAUUCCAAGUUUGAUAAUAGACUGAAAUUAUCUCCAAGCUUUAGCCCCGAGGCUGAUCAGGAACCCUGUUUGGAGCCGAAGGCCACGUCUCCACUGGAAACAUCCCUGAUUAAUGAGGGGUUUUCACUGCAGCUCUCGCAGGAUGCUUCUCCCUCUGCCUCCAACCUCGGCAGUCCAGAAACCUUCUCCAUUAUAGACGUGGCGAGUGAUAUCAGACUUUUUAAAACGUUUAUCAAGGAGUGGAAGACGAAGAAGAGAUUUUCUCUGGCUGUUGCAUGUGAGAGGAAAGAUGGUGCAGUGCAGCCCGAGUCCGCUAUAGGAAGCAGAUUUAAAAAAGCAACCACACCAAUGAGGAACAGAAGAAAAGAUGGUUUUGUCCUUAAAGGACUUGAUGACCUUGUUGUCACUGGCAUAUCGUUAAGCUGGGGAGGAAAGGAUGCUUACUAUGUUUCACUGCAACAAGAACUACCAGACACAGGUAUAAGUGCCAGCUUAGCACCACCUCCACUUGAUGGAAAUCUGACCGUUGAAGAGAGGAUGAAGGACAUUCAGGCAUGUUUGGCAUCAGGAUCAGGUGGCGUGAUGGCUGUUUAUGACCUCGUUCAGUUGUACAAGACUCUUGUGCUGGCGUGUGGACUUUCUAUAAGAGGUGCCUUUGAGGAUCCCAAAGUAGCAUGUUGGCUUUUGGAUCCAGGCUCCAAGGAGCGAACUCUUCACAACAUGGUGACCAACUUCGCUCCUCAGGAUCUGCCCCUGUUGGAUGGAAUUAGCUCCGGACAGGGUGUGGAGAGUUUGGGAAUAUAUGGAGACCCAAGUCUGUCUGGACGCUACAGAGCAGCCGUAGAAUCUGUUCUCAUCUUUAGGGUCAUGACACAACUCGACGUGCUCUUGGAAAAAGACGGUUUCUCAGAUGCGUUCCAGAGAGUGGAGAUGCCCACUCAGUACUGCCUGGCUCUGUUGGAGCUGAAUGGCAUCGGCUUCAGUGUGGCUGAAUGUGAAGCUCAGAAGCACGUGAUGCAGGCCAAGCUGAGUGACCUGGAAUCCCGGGCGUACCAGUUAGCCGGGCACAGCUUCUCGCUGACCAGCCCAGACGAUGUCGCUGAGGUCCUGUUUCUUGAACUGAAGCUCCCUCCUAAUGGAGAUUUGAACGGUUUAAAAAAUAAAAAGACUCUGGGCUACACAAGGAGAGCAGGAACAAGCGGCCGUGUAAAACUUUCCAAACAGUUCAGCACAACCAAGGAUGUACUGGAAAAGCUCAAACCAUUACAUCAGUUACCAGGAGUCAUUCUGGAGUGGAGAAGGAUAACCAAUGCCAUGACCAAGGUGGUUUUUCCGCUGCAAAGAGAAAAGAGCUGGCACCCUAAACUGGAAAUGGACAGAAUAUACCCUGUCUCACAGUCCCACACUGCGACAGGAAGGGUGAGCUUUACUGAACCCAAUAUCCAGAAUGUCCCAAAAGAUUUUGAAAUCCAGAUGCCAACUUCUAUAGGAGAGAGCCAGCCCUCACAAAAUCACCCAGCUGGUACCUUCAGCAAAACACGGGCUAAAAUAUCCCGCACUCGUCAUCAGCUGGUAUCUCUGAUCAAGGAUUCAGAUAAAUCACCAGAGAAAGGGAUUCCUUUCUCAGUCAGCAUGAGGCAUGCGUUCGUUCCAUUUACAGGAGGACUCGUUCUGGCCGCUGAUUACUCCCAGCUGGAGCUCCGUGUGCUUGCUCACUUGUCCCGUGAUCGAAGACUUCUUCAGGUCCUCAACAGCGGUGAAGACGUUUUCAAAAGCAUCGCUGCCGAGUGGAAGAUGGUGGAUCCUGCAGCAGUCGACGAUUGCAUGCGACAGCAGGCUAAACAGAUUUGUUAUGGAAUAAUCUACGGUAUGGGAGCAAAGUCAUUAGGAGAGCAGAUGGGUAUUGAUGAAAAUGAUGCUGCCUGUUACAUCGAAACAUUUAAAGCCAGAUACUCAGGCAUUCAGGCGUUUCUCCGUGACACAGUGAAGAACUGCAGUAAGAACGGCUUUGUUAAGACGUUACUGGGUAGGAAGAGAUUUCUGCCUGGCAUCAAGGAAUCAAACCUGUACAUCAAAUCUCAUGCAGAGCGACAGGCUGUAAAUACGACAGUUCAGGGAUCUGCUGCAGACAUCGUGAAGCUGGCCACUGUUAAUAUCCAGCGCAGACUGGAGGCAACGUUUCCUGACGUCCCACUGUCACAUCAGCAUCCACUGGGCAGCACAGAUAGAGGACGGAUCAGGCCUCGGUCCAGACCUACUCGAGGAGCUUUCUUCAUCCUUCAGCUACAUGAUGAACUCAUCUAUGAGGUUGCAGAGGAGGAUAUCAUCCAGGUUGCACAAAUUGUAAAACGAGAAAUGGAAUCUGCUGUGAAAUUAUACGUGAAACUCAGAGCGAAAGUAAAAGUCGGGCCAAGCUGGGGAAACCUUCAAGAGUUAGAUAUUUAAAAAAAAGGAUUUCAUGCUGCUUUAUAGUGAUCGUUAUAAAUAUGAACUACUGGAAUCGAGUUCCAUUUUAAACUGACAUAAAUGUAAUGAAAUGUUAAAAUGCUAAUCAUGUAGAGUAAGCAUAUGUAAAUCUGAAGAAUUAUUUAAUGUAGUAUUGUAUUUUUAUCAACACAACAGAAUAAAAAUGAUUG